AUGGAAAAGUCACUUAAUAAAACCCAAACUCAUAUGCAAACAUUCUCAUUCAAGAGGAGAUUCAUCCAUCCACAUUUCCCAUUACCACUCUUCUUCUUUUUUCUCUCUCUAGCUCUGAUCAUCUCUGGUGUGAGCUCUCGUGUCCUGAGCCCUGUCCCUCUGAAUAACUCGAUCUUGAUAUCUGAUGGCGUCCAUGAUGCCUUGGAUUACAAGUUUCUCACUCUCGAUCCUCCAAAUAACGUCUCCAAGGCAGCUUGCCUUCAUGUCUACGGCUUUCUUCCAUGUGCAGACAAUAUUGGAGGUUAUAUCUUCCAAAUUUUCUCCUUUGGGUGUCUAUUGAUCAUCGGCGACUAUUUCUUGUCUGAAGGAAGAUCAAAACUCUUUGUAAUCUUCGAGGUCGGUUUCUAUGGCGGUAUCGUCUUCCCUCUUCUUACAAUGUUCCCAAGAAUUGCUCUUAUGCUCUUUUUUGCUCUGACAAUGCAAUGGGGAGCUUGUGUUGUCUUCGGCUUGACUGGUCCUAAUUCAGACCAGUCAGUCCGAAGAGGAUCCAUCAACAGAACAACCUCUGAUACGAAGAAUCCAAGAAGGGGAUUUUACAGGAUGAAGAUACUUAAAAGUGUUGUUGAAGCAAGCGUAGAUGCGGAUCCUAAGAACAAGAAAGCUGCAGGGAUUAUGCUUCUGACUCUAGCUCCAUUUCUUUUGGUUACAUUGCCUGAUUUACUUGAUGCUCAAUCUUGGAGUGAUAUCACUAUGUUGAUCGCACUCAUAAUCUCCUGUUCUUCAACCAUUAUCUACUUUGUUUACUCGUAUUUUGAUACGGCAGACCAAAAGAAGAGCUUAGAUCACGCCAAGUUUGAGCUCAUGUCGGAAGUUCAUAAGCAUUUGCAGAGCUUUUCGCCUCGAAGCCUUAUUAGAGACGGACAACUAAGUAAAGAGAGCUUGAAAAGUUUGUUUGAUAGAAUCGAUAGGAACAAAGAUGGAAAGAUUCAAAUCUCGGAGCUGAAAGACUUAACCGUAGAGUUUGGAGUUUUUGGAAGAAUGAAGUGUGACAUCAAUGAGUUUGCAAACACUUUGCUUGCGGAUUUCGACAAAGACAAAGAUGGCGAAUUAGACGAGGACGAGUUCGAAGAAGGGAUCAUGAAACUACUGAACCAAUACAAGUUCGAUAACCAAGAAACUCCAAGACAUAACAACACAUACAUUUACAGAACAACAUCCGAUUCUGUGCAUGUCAAGAAUCAGUCGCCGGGCGAGGAAGCUGGAGUCUUAAAGCUGGAAAUGCCAAAGCAAACCCUUGUUGCUAAGUUGCUCUCUAUGAGAACAUUAAGAGCUGUGACUAAAGUCGUUGGUGGGAUGCUAAUGGUCCUGUUUCUAGCUAAACCAUUCAUGAUAAACAUCGGACUCUUAUCUGUUUCUGCAGGAGUUCCUUCUUUCUACUCCGUAUUUGCAGUGAUCCCUUUGGUUAGAAACUUGAAGAACACUCUAUCUGCACAUUUCUGUCGAAAGAAAGACAAAGCAAGAAUCGCGUCUGAGAAAUUCUCUGAGAUCUACAGGGAUGUUACAAUGAACAACCUCAUGGGAAUGUCAAUCAUUUUGGCGAUUAUAUACACGAGAGGAUUGAAAUGGGAUUACUCAACAGAAGCUCUUCUUGUUGUGGUUGUUGGUCUUGCUAUUGGCUUACCGGCUUACGUGAGAUCGACUUAUCCGUUCUGGAUCUGUGUAUUGGCCUUUGCUAUGUACAUCUCCUCUCUUGUCCUUAUUUAUCUCCAUUUUCAUCUUCGGGGACAAAACUAAAGCUUUCACCUUUUAGCUCUGAUCAGACUGAGUAAUGUAUUUGUCAAUGUCAAAGUGCUUUUCCAUUUCCAUAUUUUUGAUCAGAGCUUAAUAAAGGCCAUGAUGUUCUCUUUGAUUAAUCUAUUUA